UAAGUAAAGCUACUACUUCCGGUGUGUACGAGAAGAAUGGCCACAAACACCACACCAAGCCAGCCUGGAUCAUCCAGUAACACAACUCAAGAAUUUGUUGUGAGAGUGCCAAAAGAUCACAAAAAGAAAUAUAAAAUGAUGAAGUUUUCAACAGGAAAUGAUGUUGAUUUUGUGAAAUUAAGUCAGACACCAAUAAGGAUGGAGAGAGAAAAUAAUCUGAAGGAGUUUAAGUCAGCUUAUGACAUUGAUGUACACCCCAAAUUUGGAGCUGGUAGUGAGUAUGGACGGGAACAAAAAGACGAAGCCAGGCGCAAAAAGUAUGGAAUCAUGUCCAGAAAAUAUAAUCCAGAUGCCCAGCCAUGGAUUCUAAAAAUUGGGAAGAAUAAGGAGAUGAAAAAAAUGAAGGGUGUGAGAGAGGGAACAAUCACCGAGAACACAUCUUACUAUAUUUUUACCCAGUGUGCCGAUGGAGCAUUUGAAGCAUUCCCUGUAGAAGAGUGGUACACAUUCAGUCCAAUGAUCAAAUACAAAUACCUCAAUUCAGAGGAAGCUGAAGAAGAAUUUAGCAGACGAGACAAAACAAUGAAUCUGUUCUCAGUGAUGGUGAGAAAUCGUGUGAGGAAUGAGGAAGAAAUUGUAAAUCCAGAUGAAGAAGAUAAAGCAAAAACGAAGACCAAAGGAAAAAAGAAAAAGGAGAAAAAUGAAUUUUUAAUUACUGAGGAUGAGGACUGGACAAAUUUUUCUGAUGAUGGAAAUGAGGAUGAGGAUGAUGGGGAGGGGCCAGAUGAGGAAGAUGAAGAUUCUAAACCUAAGAAGAAGGGUAAGAAAAAUCUAAAGAACAAGAGAACUGCCAAACACAAUUCUGAUGAUGAGGCUGUUGAGGAGAGUGAUGAGGGUGACUUUGAUGACAAAGAAGUGGACUAUAUCACGGACUCCAGCAGUGAUGAUGAUAUGGAGGACAGGGAGAAGAAAAACACGUAUGAAGAAAAAGGAGUGGAUGAAGAACGAGGGUUGAGGAAGCUAAUUGAUUCUGAGGAGGAAGAAAGUGAGGAGGAGGAAGACAAGAAAUCGGACAAAGCUGAGGAGGAAGAGGAUGAGGACAAGACCAAGAAAGAAAAGAAGAAAGAUGGCUCAGAGAGCAGCAGUAGUUCCAGUUCAGACAGUGAUUCUGAUAUAGAGAAGGAAGAAAAUCUGGCCUCAGUUAUAUUCAUGCAGAAAAAUAAAAAAGAAAGGAGUUCACCUGUACCCCGAUCUGUCACACCCAGUUCAGGAGAGGGAGAGGAUAAGAAAGCCCAGAAAAGAAAGUUAGAGUCUGAAGAUGUUGCCUCAAAGAAGUCCAGAACAGAGAGCCCAGGGGCCAGUGGCAAGACACCAAGUGCUGGAAUUACAGAGGAAGCGAUACGUCGGUACUUGAUGAGAAAACCAAUGACUGCAAAAGAACUCCUAAAAAAAUUCAAGUCCAAAAAGGUUAACAUGAGCAAAGAGGAAAUGACAAGUACUCUGACAAAAUACCUCAAAAAGAUCCAGCCAGACAAGAAGAUUAUCAACAAGAAGAUGUAUUUUUCUCUCAAAAAAGAUUGAUGUUCGAGAAUUCAGGUUGAGGAAAAAGUUAUUUACACAACCUAAGGAUGAGCAAGAAGUGCUGUGAUGCUCCCUCUGACAAGUGCAGAGGUUCUGCAUAAUUUACGAUCUGUUCCAAGAGUUGCAUUCUGAAAACUGGAAGUGAAAAAAAAUGCCCCCAGUCUUUCAUAUAGAGUGACAGACAUGCUCGUUGAUUAGCAUCAUGUGUGUUAUCACUGUACAUGUGAAUAUUUUGUAUCGGAUGUAUUUUAUGUCUUUUGAUUGUGAAUUUUAAUUUGUAACUAUAAAGCAGAUGAAUGAAUUUGAGAAUAUGCCAUUAUCAGAGUCUGAUAGACCUCAGAGAAACAAUAUUUUGCUGGGUGAAGAGACAAAAGCUUUCCAUCAUGGAUGAACUGAGUAAAGCAAUUUACUGUUAUCGGACCUUGUGUUGCUGUUUAUAAAGCAAUUUACUGUUAUCAGACCUUGUGUUGCUGUGAGUAAAGCAAUUUACUGUUAUCAGACCUUGUGUUGCUGUGGUUUCAUCAAUUUUCAUGAUGAUAAAAUUUUGUGGAUUUGGUCAAGAAAGACUGUUUUGUUGAUUAUUAGUUUUUGGUAUUUAAAGCAAAAACUACUUUGUUGAUCUCUUGAUUUUGUGGCCUAGCACAACGAACAUGUGUUCAACAACAAAUUGUGAAACCACGAUACAGGUGACUCUCAAUUACUCAAAAGUUCAUGGGAAUGCCAAAAAACUUUCAGAGAUCAAAAGUUUGAGCUUUUAAAAGUUGACCAAAUCUGGAAAUCAGCUAUCCAAAUGAUAUAUUUUAAAUCCUAUAUUAUACUAACAUAUUGCUUUUGUUACCACUCAAUUCUUGUGAAAGAAGUUUAUGAGCAAAACCUGUCAUACAGACAUUGUGACAAAAUCUGAUUUGAUUGAUUGGUAUUUUAUGAUAGCUGAAAUUUACACUUAUAUAUCACCUACAAUGAUCAGGUAGAAGUGUCACAUGUAUAGAAACACCCAAUUAACUGUAUACACUGUCGGUGCAAGCCAUUUCAAUUUUACCCGCUUGAUGGACAAUUUGUAGACACACUGGAUGCUUUGACUUUUCAAGAGUGAAAUAUAAUGAAAUAAGUUUAACAGGAUCCAAAAUUACUUCAAGAGAUGAAGAACAUUGAGAGAUUGAAAAUUCGAGGGAUCAAGAGUAAAUUAGCUUACUUAUAUCAUGUAUACAGAGGGAAAAAAAGAACCAUGACUUCACUUCAAAAGAUGGAGAACUUCAAAGUUCAAGCCAUCGAAAGUCACUCGCAUUUGUUUCAACUCUGUACAGUAAAAGACACCUAUAGUAAAGUGCUGGGGAUGAACAAUUUUGAUUCAUCAUAAACAUAAUUCGUUAUAUCCAAUAAGUUCUUUAUAUGUUUUAAAACUAGAAGGAAUGAAAAUGACUUUGUAGUAACACUGUAGAUUGUAGUAGAUCCUGUUUAAUAGUGUCAUCAUUAGUGUGACUGUUGUUACUGUUUGACUGCAUUAUCAAAGUAUCGGUCAUUGUACGAUUACAUUUGGAAACAAAGUGGUUGAAUUAAUUUGCCAUUACUUUACAUGUACAUGUAUUGACAAAUAAAUUUUUCAUGACAUAAA